GAGAAUCCGGUAUGAGACAAGGUUCGAUGUGUGCAUGUGGACAGUUCCCGACACGUACGUUUACCUGGUGUCCCUACCACCACUUUCUUUGGUCAGUUGGUGGGUACCGUGUUCUCGUUACCGUGGUCCACGCUGCACCGCUGUUCCACUAUCUCCUCAUUCACUUCGCGAUUCGACAAGAUCGAAGAACACGCGGGUAUAGCUCACCUUCAAGCUGGAGCGAGCUUUCAGUAACGGUCGACAACGAUUUGCUCGACCGUAACCCUUAUUGGUCAGUGCGCGUCGAUCAACACCAUUUUAAGUCAUCCAACAUUCUACACAAUUUUGCAAUGCGAAAGUGAUCCUGACGGAGCUGCCCUCAACACACCAUCAAAAGUGAUCUGAUCUUUUUUUGAACUUGAAAAUUACAAAAGUUCUAUUUUCAAUAGAAGUUCCAUAGCUUAGGUACAGUUUUUUCGGUUACCUCUUGUGUCACGGGUCAUAAUGUAUUAAUCAAGAAAAGUAGACAAAUCGGAAAGUGCGGUGAUUAAGGAAGGAUCUGACAGCUGACAGUAACGAAUUAAUCGUAGAACGAUAACCAGUCGUUGAAAAAGAGCGAUAUUGUGAUCGGGGGAAACGAUCAAAUAAAGCGGGACCAACAAAACCGUGCGUGUGCCACCUUGCCGAUAGAGAAACUUGCCUCGCAUGCUUUUCUUUCUUCCACACAGUCACCUCGACGAAACUGUUUGUGUUACAUAAAGACGGAUUUUACUGGCCAGUUAAUGAACCCGGUUGUGCGAGCAUGUAGGGAACGUCUGUCGGUGAUCUUACAAAACGACAGCAAAUCUGGACAUUUCGAUUCAGCGCACGGAGUUCAAACAAAAAUUUUAGAAGGACGUCGUGCAUGAAAUAAAAAAGCGACAUUGUGUUCGCACGUAGAAGACAGAAUACUUCAGUUGUAUUAAGAGCCAGGAGGCGAAGAGGAAAAGCUACGGGAAGUAAAAGGAAAAUUAAUCCAAUUAGUUUGCAAACGGAUAAUGACUUUUGAAAGUGUUUCAAAAACUGACCACGUGCAUUCUCGAAAACCAUGCUGGGAGAAGUGACGUGAUACAAAAUUUCUUAAAUGUAACACAUCGUAAAUUAGCUGUAACAAAAUUUGUAGUGCAGUGGCAAAGAGGAAGAAACGUCCGAUUAAUUAUACAAUUAACGUUUUCAAUCUAGUCUGCAAGAUAGUUCGCAAAAGACAGUAAUACGAAAACACGGUUGCGAGAGGAUUGAAGAAAUUUCAGAUAAUAUCAGGAUAUUUAAAUUGAGAAGAGAAAGCGCUCAAGAUGAAGUUCAUAGGGUCGUUGUUUGGGAUCAGGUCGCCCAAGAAGAUGGGCAAGGAAUAUAUGAAAGUAGGAAGAAACGCAUUAUUCGGAGUGAAAACGAGCCAACACGAUGGCCUCUGCACGGACAAAGUCCCUAGACCUUUGUCGUUUCUAAUUUCGGAGAAUGGGAAGCUUAAACAUGGCAGACUGUCAGCUGUAGUUAUAGGAAUUCUAACUCUUGUGAUCGGCAUUAUUUUAAGCAGUAUACCUUGGGUCGAUUACAUUAUUUUAAAACAACUGCGGUUAUGGAACGGUUCUCUUUCUUUCCACUACUGGCAAAAGCCUGGUGUUGUUCGACUGACCAAAGUGUACAUAUUCAACGUAACUAAUCCUGAAAGUUUCUUGCAAUAUAAUGAAAAGCCGAAAUUGCAAGAGGUCGGCCCGUUCGUGUAUAGAGAAGACAUGGAGAAAGUAAAUAUUGUUUUUCACAAUAAUGGUACCGUAAGUUACCAACACAAAAAAAUAUUAAACUUCGUGCCGGAAUUGUCUAAAGACGAGAACCUUAAAGUAAUUGUACCAAACAUUCCAUUACUGACUCUCUCAACGCAAAGCAAAAGUCUACCUCGAUUUCUUACUUUAGGAUUAUCAGUGUUUCUGAGGGGAAUGAAUAUGCGAUCGUUUGUUCCUGUGACCGCUCAGGAACUCGUUUUUGGAUAUGACGAUCCACUAGUUAGCAUUGCUCACCGGUUUUUCCCGAAAACAAGGCGUCCCAUGAGCCGAAUGGGACUUCUUUUGGGGAGGAAUGGCACAUUGAACGAAGUGUCGACUAUUUAUACUGGACACACAGACAUGAAGGAAUUUGGAUUAAUCAAUCGUCUGAAUGGAUUAGAUCAUUUGCCAUAUUGGCCGAAUGCGCCGUGUAACUCUAUUCGAGCCUCUGAAGGAUCUUUUUUCCCACCUCGUGAAAAGACCGGUUCUGACAUCGUUCAUGUAUGGGAUAAAGAUCUUUGCCGAACUUUACCCCUACAAUAUCGUGGUCCCAGUGAAAAAUCAGGAAUCAAAGCGGAUUUGUACACACCACCUGACGUGGUGUUUGGACGACCUAACGAAACCGCUCCCGAAAAUGAAUGCUUCUGUUCUGACGAUAUGUCUGCCUGUCCUUCGAAUGGCCUGCAGAAUAUUAGUCCUUGCCAGUACACUGCACCGGUAUAUCUUUCUUUUCCUCAUUUCUAUAAAGCGGAUCCUAAAUUAUUAGAUGCAGUUCAUGGAUUGGAACCAAAUGCAGAGACCCAUGAAACGUAUUUUAAAAUACAGCCAAAACUCGGAGUACCGCUAGAAGGAAAAGUCCGUGUACAACUGAACUUGAAAGUCGAACGACAGCCACUCAUCGGUGUCGUGUCGAAUUUUCCUGACAUCGUGUUCCCCAUCAUGUGGCUCGAAGAAGGUAUCGAGGAAUUAACACCUUCUAUCCGCAGAUGGGUUUAUUUAGCAACGACGUUCUCCGACGUUGCUGUUCCCUGUGCCUCGUAUGGAUUAAUUCUAGUCGGUAUGAUAAUCAUAAUUACCGUUUUCGUGAAAGCCUACAACAACGCCGUAUUCACGCACGAAGCAGUCGAGUUAGGUAAACGGACUAUUAGAAGAAGUUCCACGUUGCUAGUGAAUGGACAACAUAAACUGUUAAUGUCCCGAGAAUUGUACGUUUUACUUAACAAUGAUCAGGAAAAACCAGAGAGGAUAGAGAUCUAGUGUAACUAUUUUGUGGAUAGUGCCGAAUGUACGUUUAAGUAUAUGCUGGUCGGUUUCAAAAGUGAUGAGAUUAUAUCCCUUGCACUACUAUUUAUUGAACACGACAGACGUGUCAAAACUGAUGAAGAAGAUUAAAAACCAUACCGGUAUUCAAUUCAAUCCUUAAGAAAUUAUAAUUACCUACACUGAAAAUGCGUGCUAAAAAUACUGAGGAAGGUUUACUAUAUUUAAACUGCAAGUGUGUCACAAGUUACUGUAGCAGAAAGGGUUAACAUGUUCACACGUCCAUGACCGGUGAAACGAUCAGAGUUGAAGUAAACUAAACAUUUGGGGGAGUAGGCCAAAAUUUCAAGUACUUGAGUUUCAAACACAAAUUUCAUUGAUAUUAGAAUUUGCAGCGCUAAAGUUAUGAUGAAGAUAGCGCCGAACGUUACAUACAAUGCGUUAAAUAAAUAUAUGACACUACUCUAUAAAUUCAAAUUUUAUAAAAACAAAAUGAUACAAAACAUUUGUAUAUUUAUUUUUAAUUUGUUUACUUGUGAAGCUUGAUUAACGCCAACUUAGAAAUAAUGU